AUCGACCACUCUACUCACUCUAGAUUGGAGCAGUCAUUACCUUUUCACGAUCGCCUAUUACCAUCUAGUGUGUCGCAUUUGUCCUAGCCUUCCAAGAUUGCUGUCCGCCGUUGCUAGCUGAGCACUUUUCGUCAGGGAGAUGGCACCUCCUGCUGCUAUGAGCCAUCAUAGAGCGGAAAAUGCGCAGCCCGUUUCUUCCUCAGGAAGCACUUUGAACCCCCGGGCAAACCCCUAUCUAGCUGUAUCCUCCGUUUCCCAGCUGGCUCCUCCCACUCAAGCCGAGGUUCACCAGACGGUCACGGGUUUGGGGAAUGGUGACCAGCCCACUCAACCAGCCUUGACAAACUCCGCUCCACGGCCUUCAUCUAUACGAACGGCACCCUUGAGGGGAAACCCAAUCUCGUCCAGACGCGGUUACCCAGGUUCUCUGGGUAGAGGAGGUCCAACCAGAGCCAGGAGUAACGACGGAUCCCAUCGUAGAUAUUACAACGAGCGCGCUCUACCCAUGCUCACCUCGCUACCUAGCCGUGCCGAAAUCCUUGCUCCUCCCCGGUCCGCUGCACGAAACACGGGUGACCGUGGUGACGUAGGACGGGGCCAUCAUAACGGCAGAGAAAACGGCCGCCCCGGUUACAACAACUCCCGUCCCGGCCCACAUACGGACGCAAACAACCACUUCCCAUCCGAAAACCCAACUCCCAUGGGGUCCAGCGCCAACGCUCCGAACGGCAAUAAUAAUACUCACAGCUCUCGGGGGCUCCCUAUCCUGAUGCAGAACGACUGGAAGGGGACCGACGAGACCUCUAUCAGAGUCUCAGGUAUCCCGCUCUCGUUGAAUUUGUAUAAUCUUUACGAUAUCUUCUCCGAGUACGGCGAAGUCGAGUACUUGGAGCUUUAUCAAAACGAUGCGGGUAUCCCAGAUGGCAAUGGAAGGGUUAAACUUUCGUGAGUAUCGCUAUGAUACCUCCCAUUUUACCUUUUGCCGCUGACUGUGGAUCAGCAAUGUUAAAACGUCCUUUUGGGAUGGCCACUUCGUUUAUACCUUAGGGGUGAUGGGCCCUAGUGGCUCGCUAAAGCUCCGCCUAGACACUCAACAUAAACGUAAGACGGUUCAGAGUCCUAUUGAUAGACAAAAGAGCUAUCCACAAAAAUAUGUUUGCAUCCCCCGGCUCCUAUCUGUGAUGUUUCAGACGUAAUUUCUAACGGUUCUCCCCCGACAUAGGUUUUCAAGCUCAGUCUACUCCAAUUCGGAGUAUUGUGCCAAGAGGACACAAUGAUGCCGAUGUUCACAACCGCGGGCCAAGACGAAGCAAGCCUUGAAGUUGACCUGUACCGCCGAGCUCUCGAUAUUGUCUUCAAGAUAUGGCUAAAAAAAGAUACCGGCGCCAAUGCCAAUCAGCGACAGGAAGAUGCGGACGAUGAUGAUGAUGAUGAUGAUGAUGAUAAUGAUGAUGAUAAUGAUGAUGAUGAUGAUGAUGAUGAUGAUGAUGACGAGGGGGACGAUAGUACGCCUAAAAUCAAACCCGCUGAAAGAUUCGAGAGAUAUCGCCUUCGGAUUCCCUUCUCCCACUUGGAGCAACUCAUUGAGGUGGAUACUUCAUCUGCUUCGGGCCGUGCAUUCUUGAUCGAUCUCCCUUCGGCACCUUUCUUCUGGAGAAAGCUACACGAUCCGCGCCUAUCUAUUGAUGAACGCGUGAAGUUCUGGACCUCUUGGAACGCUUGGUUCCGUCAAACGUCUAUCACAUUCGAUAACAGUGCAAGAAAGGGACUUUCCGUCUCCCUAGAGCAACGCGGUGAAAUUAUCAACAUUGGUUUGUAUAUAUGCUAUUCUACCAGUGCGUUUUCCAGCGCUAGAAACAUAUCCGCUAACCAAAAUACUAGGCCGUUGGACUGCCUAUAGAUUCGAAGUAGGGGCUAGGGAGGCCGAGUCUGAUGGCUUCGGCGAGAUGAUUUCUGCGUUGAAAGAUUUCAACAUCAAGGUUAACGUCCAAAAGGAUUUCAAGACGUUCUCCGAGAAAUCCUACUGCAUCUGGGACUACAUCGGCAUCCAAGGCAUCCAGCGUGCUCAGCAAUCGGAUUCUAUUCUAGCCCAACUCCAAGCUUCAUCCCCCCUCCUUUCCUAUCCUGUUCGCUACCAGCUCGAGGUCUGUAUCUCGCAUAAUUGCCUCAACGAGUAUAACAUCACUCCUCCAUUCAUUGACCGUCUGGCAGCGCUUCCUGUAAACAAAGCUAUACCACUGCUGGAACAUGUUGCUGAGAAAAGAAUCCGUUAUUAUGACCCCAUGGCCAUCUUUGCCAUUCAAGGGAUCACCGGGAGUACAAUUCACUUAAAGCUUCCUGAUCACUGCCAACUCCUUAGAAAAGCCAAUGUAACCCCAUCAACUAUUUAUUUUACUACGCCUACUGUCGAGAUUACCAAUCGGGUGGUGAGGCAGUAUUCUGAGCACAUAGACAGGUUCUUGAGAGUCCAGUUUGUUGACGAAAAGUUUCAGGCAUAUCUCUCACUACCUCUUUUAUCUACAAUAGACACUAACCGUCUCCAGGGCCGCAUAAAUUCCACCGACAAAAAGACCAUGCAUGAGGUCUUUACCCGUGUUAAGGCCGCCCUGGACCAUGGCAUAACUGUCGGCGAUCGAAAGUUUGAAUUUCUAGCUUUUGGCAAUUCGCAAAUACGUGAACAUGGAGCAUAUUUCUUUGCCUCGACCGACCAUCUUUCUGCAGCAGAUAUUAGAGCAUGGAUGGGAAGCUUCAAGGAUAUUAGGAUUGUUGCAAAACAUGCUGCAAGACUCGGCCAGUGCUUCUGUGAGUACAUCUACACCCUCCAGCGAUGGCUCUACUGAUUUAUUUCCUCAAUGGUAGCUACCACCCGUGCAAUCAGCGGAGUACGAGUUGAUGUUCGCACUACGGAGGAUAUUGUGAAUGAGGAAGGGUACAACUUUUCCGAUGGAGUUGGAAAGAUUUCUGAAUUUCUGGCGCGGUUGAUCACCACGGAGCUUCGUCUCAAGUUGGUCGACAAGGAGCCUGCGCCCUCAUGCUUUCAGUUCCGUCUCGGAGGCCGCAAGGGUGUCUUAGCAGUUAGCCCAGAUGCCAGCCAUCGCGAAGUCUACAUCCGGCCCAGUCAGCUCAAAUUCGAGGCCAAGCAUAACAUUCUGGAGGUUAUACGCUGGUCCAAGUUCGCAACUGCCGCCCUCAAUCGGCAGCUGAUCACCGUACUGACUAGUCUGGGUGCUCCCGAUCGCUAUUUUGAGGACAAGCUUCAAUUUAUGCUGAGAUCCUAUGAGGAAGCGAUGGUUGAUCCGGGGGUUGCGGUCAGGCUACUUUGCAAAAAUGUCGACCCCAACGAAUCUACCUUGGCCAUCGCGGCUAUGAUUCGUGCGGGGUUUAUGGAUCGACAGGAACCGUUUGUCAUUUCUAUGCUGAAGCUUUGGCGAGCGUGGACCAUUAAAUACCUGAAAGAAAAGGCUAAAAUUAUGAUUGAAGAGGGCGCAUUUGUGCUCGGGGUGGUCGAUGAAACCGGUGCCCUCGAUGGCUACUAUUAUUCUCAAGACGAUGGGCCCACGGAGGAUGCAGAAAGUCCGGAGACCUUACUCCCUCAAAUCUUCAUACAGGUCACCGACCCAGACCGGCCCGGGGAAUCCAGGAUUAUUGAGGGACCAUGUGUAAUCGCACGAAACCCUUCUCUUCACCCCGGUGAUGUUCGCAAGGUCAUGGCUGUUAACGCCAAAGAGCUACACCAUUUGCGUAAUGUUGUCGUAUUCUCACAGAAGGGGGACCGCGAUUUGCCCAAUAUGCUCUCUGGAGGUGAUCUAGACGGGGACGAUUAUAUCGUAAUUUGGGACAGAAAACUCACCUCAUGUGUAAGCAACUACGAGCCAAUGAACUAUUCAGCACAGACUCCGAGAGAAUUGGCACGUGAUGUUGAGAUUGGUGACAUUACCAAAUUUUUUGUCAACUACAUGAAGAACGACAAGCUAGGCACCAUAGCUAAUGCUCACCUUGCAUGGGCAGAUAAGCUUGACGAGGGAGUGAAGUCCGAUCAAUGUAAAUCAACUCACCCACUCCUACUCCUUCAUAGUAUGCUAAGAAUCGAUAGGUUUUCGACUCGCAACCCUUCACUCUCAUGCAGUUGACUACGUGAAAUCAGGGGAGCCAGCUAUCAUGCCCCCAGAUCUCCGCCGAAAGUCAUUCCCUCACUUUAUGGAGAAGGAGCCUGAUAAAACUUAUCGUUCCGACAAGAUCCUAGGAGUCUUGUACGAUUCCGUGUCGAAAAUCGAUUUCGUUCCUGCCUUCGAACUGGAAUUCGACGAUCGUAUCCUCAACGCAUAUACCCUUGAUGAGAGUAUACUUGAGGUUGCACGGGCAAUCAAGAUUCGAUACGACGCGGCAAUGCGCCGGAUAUUGGCCCAACACGAUAUCUAUACCGAGUUUGAGGUCAUAUCUACAUUUGUCAUGCAUCACUCGAUGGCAACGAAGGAUUACAAAUUCCAUGAAGACGUUGCUAACAUUUGCAAUAGCUUAAAAGACACCUUCAAGAAGAUCAUAUUCGAAGUUGUAGCUAGCAAAGAUGAUAUCAUUUUAGGCCCCUUUAUCGCAGCCAUGUAUUCUGUGACGCAUCAGGAAAUGGCAAGGGCGAAGAAGAAAUUCUUUGCUGCAAAAGCUAAAAAAGCGGCAGAGAGGGCAGCCAGGAGGGCCAGCGGAAAUGAAAGGGCACCAGGGGAGGGAAACAUUCCCGCGGGCGUGAAGGAUGCGGAAGAACUGGCGGAAUUCACCAUUGAGGAAGCCAGAAACAUGCCGCUGAUUUCAUUCCCCUGGCUCUUUGGAAGAGCGUUGGGUAGGAUUGCGAACCGGGAGUACCCAUUCACGAAAUUGGACGGCAGCCCAGUAGACUUCAAACAGGCCGCCGCUGUCACUGACGAACUUGAGGGUCGCAUGGGUAAGAAGGAGAAGUACCCCACCUACCGCCAUGGCAUCUACGACGAUGCAGUUGCCACCACCACCACCCCAGGAAUCCGGGAGGAUGGAAACAACAUACCCGACAACUCUCGGGACGGAGAGAGUAGCUUGGGAAUAUCUCAACGCGAAACCGAUCUUCAAGAUGUCUCCACCACUACCGACAAUACCACAACCACCAUCGAAACCGCCAUCGCCGACACCUCCUCCGAUAACAACACCGGAUAUGACGGCGGAGAGGCUAACCUCAUCUAAAAGUAAGAGGAGGUAAAGGGGAGGUAGGACGCAACCUCAGUUCAAACUGCAAUUCGUUCACCUUUAAAUCUCAAAAAAAAAAAAAAAACAUUCUUUUUCUUUCCUUUUCAAACAGCUAGGCUUACUUUUUAUGUUUUACCUUCUGAGGGAUACCAAUUUGUUUGUUUUGUAUUGCCCUGCUUUCCUUCUUCCUCACCCCUCUCUCUUUCUCUUUACCCUUACUGGAGAGAAUCUGGGUCCGGGCUCUGAGAUUGGGUGGGACGGAGACGAACACCAAUUAGCAAAUGACAUGAGACUACGAGAUA